CGCUCCUGGCCGAUCUCGGCUCCUUGUCGCGGCGGAUAUCAAUGCGGGGCUACAGCCGCUCGGGUGUGUGGCCUCCUAGUGCCGGUCUCGCUGCCUGUCCGUCAUGUUUUCCUACGAGUAUGUCACGGAGGAGCAGCUGGCCGGCUUCGACAAGUACAAGUAUAGUGCAGUGGACACCAAUCCAUUGUCUGUAUAUGUUAUGCACCCCUUUUGGAACUCUGUAGUAAAGAUUUUACCCACAUGGUUGGCACCAAAUCUGUUGACAUUCUGUGGUUUCAUACUGCUUGUACUUAAUUUUUGUAUGCUGGCCUAUUUUGAUUAUGAUUUUUAUGCUUCAGGUGAAGGUUAUGAGCAUGUUCCGAGUUGGGUGUGGGUUGUCGCUGGUCUCCUAAACUUUACAGCAUAUACACUAGAUGGAGUUGAUGGAAAGCAAGCUCGACGAACAAACUCUAGUACUCCCCUUGGAGAACUCUUUGACCAUGGUUUGGACAGCUGGGCGUGUAUAUUUUUUGUGGUCACUGUUUACUCCAUUUUUGGACGUGGGGAAGCCGGUGUUAGUGUCCUCACACUUUUCCUCAUAUUAUGGGUAGUACUGUUUUCCUUCAUCCUUUCCCACUGGGAGAAGUACAACACAGGAAUUCUUUUCCUUCCUUGGGGAUAUGACCUUAGUCAAGUGACCAUUUCAAUUGUAUACAUUAUAACUGCAGUUGUUGGAGUCGAAGCUUGGUAUGGACCCAUCUUCCUCAAUUUUCAGUACAGAGAUCUCUUUACUACCAUGAUAUUGAGUUGUGCCUUCAUCAUCACAUUUCCUGUGAGUUUAUACAAUGUUUUCAAGGCAUAUAGAUCUGGCACACUGAAGCAGCAUUCUUUUUAUGAAGCUAUGCUUCCAUUCAUUUCGCCAGUAUUACUCUUUGGUCUCUGCAUGCUUUGGGUCCGUACAUCACCUUAUGAUAUUCUAGAGAAACAUCCAAGAAUUUAAUUUUUGGUUGGGACAGCGUUUUCUAAUAUUACGUGUAAGCUCAUAGUUUGCCAGAUGAGUAACACCCGCUGUCAGCCCCUCAGCUGCCUUCUCCUGCCUUUGGCUAUAGGUGUGAUCUUUGUGAUCUCUGGUAUCCUACAAGACAAAGAAUAUUAUCUUCUUAUUAUACUGACCAUAGUAAUAACUCUUGCACACAUUCAUUAUGGAGUAUGUGUGGUAAAUCAGCUGAGCAAACAUUUUAACAUAUACGCCUUCUCCUUGAAGAAACCAAAUACAGAAUGACUAGAGGAGGAGGAGCAGAAAAUUGGCUUGCAGGCUUCUGAAGUAUUGUAAUGAAUGAUCAUUCCAGCAGUCUGUGAAUGCUUCAGCCAUCACUGCAAACUGUGCCCACCACCGUCAUCAGUAGAAAACAGGAGAAUCAGAUGGUCCAUUUAUAAGUAUUAAAAAUAUUGUUUUAUAAGUGAUUUGCUGAUAAUACAGGUGUAAUAGUUCAAUUAAGUAUUUAAAUAGACGUUGAAUGUGCACAAGCCAAAAUUGUGUGCAACUGACUAGCACUGGAUUUUAUUUUUGUGAUGCUCUCAUUAAACUUCUGUUGUGCUGUUGAAGUCUUGAAUAACAUAGAUGGUAGCAUGCAUUUAAGAAAAUCUGGGAAAAUUUUCAACAGAUUUCUAUUUUAUAGAUUUACAGUCUGAGACUUGGGCAUUACAAUUAUGUUUUUGUAACUUACUCACUGGAAAAUCUGUGCACCUUUCUUUCCCAAAUACAUGUUUUGAAAGAC